CAGUACAGCUCAUUUGUACUUACCUUGCAACAGACACGAACUUGUUGCUAAUAUUCAGUCUUACUGUAAUUGAUUUUGCUCUCGUUUGACUGCUAAUGUCUCCCGGUGCCCCCACGCAUGUACUGUUAUUAAGUUCGGAUAUUAUGAUUGGACCGAAGUAAUCAACUUUAGCGUUUGGAGGGACAGAUUCAGGUUGGACAAUUCUGAGACCCUCCUCCGGUUCUGCUUUACAUCGACUCUGCUGACUGGACAAGAUGGGUCGAGCUAACGUGGUCUCCUGCCCUUUUGCCUAAUCCCCUUUCCACCCCCUCCCCCUCUUCCCAUUUACCCCUCCCGCCUACCCUCUUUUCCCCUGUUCCCUUUCCUCCCUUACCUCCCCUCUUUUCCACGGGACACAAGUUGCAAAAAAAAACUAACAAAUGAACAAAUUUUUGGAUGUAGCCGAGAGCAUGACACUGUGAAAACAAAGAGAAACGGCACAAAAACAAAAAGAGAGAAAAGUAAGUGAACUGAGGACGAACUAGCAAAAAAAACAUUUUAGCAAGGAUCAGAAACAGUUGCAUGGAAACGCAUCCUGGCAGCCUCGUCUCCCGAGCUUGUGGGCAUGGCGGGAUGAGUGCCUGUGUGCGAUAAUGAUGGCAAAAAAACAAGAUGCCCGGGCGCCCACCUACAACCUGGUUGUGGUGGGUCUGUCCGGGACGGAGAAGGAAAAGGGGCAGUGCGGGGUGGGCAAGUCCUGCCUGUGCAAUCGCUUCGUCCGCCCCAGCGCCGAUGACUUCUACCUGGACCACACCUCCGUGCUGAGCACCAGCGACUUUGGGGGCCGGGUGGUCAACAACGACCACUUCCUUUUCUGGGGGGAGGCGACGCGAGCGCUGGAGGAAGGGCCCGAGUGCCGGAUGCACGUGGUGGAGCAGACAGAGUUCAUCGAUGACCAGACCUUCCAGCCGCACCGCAGCACCGCACUGCAGCCCUACAUCAAGAGGGCGGCGUCCACCAAGCUGGCCUCUGCUGAGAAGCUCAUGUACUUCUGCACGGACCAGCUGGGCCUCGAGCAGGAUUUUGAGCAGAAGCAGAUGCCGGAGGGAAAGCUGAUGGUGGACGGCUUUCUGCUGUGUGUGGACGUGAGCCGGGGCAUGAACCGUAACUUCGACGAUCAGAUGAAGUUUGUCACCAACCUGUACAACCAGCUGGCAAAGACUAAGAAACCGGUGGUGCUGGUCCUCACCAAGUGUGAUGAGGGUGUGGAGCGCUACAUCAAGGACUCGCACACCUUUGCUCUGACCAAGAAAAACCUGCAGGUGGUGGAGACCUCCGCCCGCUCCAAUGUCAACGUGGACCUGGCCUUCCUCACUCUGGUGCAGCUAAUCGACAAGAGCCGGGGCAAGCCCAAGAUCAUCCCCUACUUUGAGGCACUGAAGCAGCAGAGCCAGCAAAUUGCCUCUGCCAAGGACCGCUACGAGUGGCUCGUCAGCCGCAUUGUGAAGAACCACAAUGAGACAUGGCCUAACAUCAACCGCCGCAUGCAGUCCUCCUCCGAAUACAAGGAGUACGUCUUCCUGGAGGGAACGUCCAAGGCCAAGAAGCUGUUUCAGCAGCACGUGCACCGGCUCAAGCAGGAGCACAUAGAGAGAAGGAGGAAACUCUACCUGAACACACUGCCACAGGCCCUGAGCGCCUUGGUGCCUGACCUGGACGAGAUCGACCACCUGAGCUGGUCUGGGGUUCAGAAGGUCCUGGAGACCAAGCGGGACUUUACCAAUUGGUUUGUCGUGCUGGAGGACACGCCCUGGGAGGCCACCCCUCACAUCGACAACAUGGAGGAUGACCGCAUCCCGCAGGACCUGCUGGAGACCGAGGCGGCGGAGAUUGUCUACGACGCCCACCUGGAGCAGCUGCGGAAUGAUCGCAAGCGGGCGGAGAUGCGCUGGGAGUUCAAGGAAAAGCUGGUCGCCUCACCCUUCGUCACUCCCGGCAAGCCCUGGGAGGAGGCACGCAGCUUCAUCAUGAAUGAGGAUUUCUACCAGUGGCUGGAGGAGCCAGAGUACCUGGACAUCUACAACCGGCACCAGAAAGAGAUCAUCGACCGUGCCAAAGAGGACUUCCAGGAACUGCUGCUGGAGUACUCUGAGCUCUUCUAUGAACUAGAAGUAGAUGCCAAACCCAGCAAGGAGAAAAUGGGUGCCAUUCAGGAAGUACUGGGAGAAGAACAGAGGUUCAAGGCACUGCAGAAGCUUCAGGCAGAGAGGGAUGCCCUGGUGCUCAAGCACAUCCACUUUGUCUACCACCCCACUAAAGAUACUUGCCCUAACAACCCGCAGUGUGUCGACAGCAAGAUCGAGCAGCUCCUGGCUACUCGAUUCCCCACACGGUACCCCUUCUUUGAUGGCAGCCAGAAACUUGGUGAGGGCAAAGCUGACAGGAUCAACCUGGUGAUCCUGGGUAAGGAUGGCCUAGCCAGGGAGUUGGCUAAUGAGAUCCGGGCACUGUGCACGAAUGAUGACCGGUACGUGCUAGAUGGGAAGAUGUAUGAGUUGGCACUCAGGCCCAUUGAGGGCAAUGUGCGCCUGCCAGUAAACUCCUUCCACACACCAACCUUUACCCCACACGGCUGCCUCUGCCUCUACAACUCCAAGGAAUCUCUCUCCUAUGUGGUGGAAAGCAUAGAGAAAGUGCGGGAGUCUACCUUAGGCCGCCGGGACAACCACAUGGCCCAGCUCCCCAUGUCUCUGCUCUUAGUCACCAAGCGGGGCGUGGGGUCAGUGGGGGACAUUGGGGGGGAGACGGCCCACAGUCUGAUCGCACAGGGGCAGCAGGUGGCAAGCAAGCUGCAGUGCAGCUUUUUAGACCCGGCCUCACCCGGCGUCGGCUACGCUCGCAAUGUGAAUGAAAAGCAGAUUAAUCAGGUCCUGAGGGGUCUUUUGGACUCUCGGCGGAGCCUGGGUAGCAGCUCCCCGCCCUUACCCCCUCCACCUCCGGGCUUCAGAGACUCUCACCACCAGCAAAGCCCAGAGGCGGACCUGCGCGUAGUCAUGUGCUUGAUGUGUGGUGACUCCUACGAUGUGGAACAACUCCUCUCGCCAUUCCUGCUGCCCCAGCACUGCCGACCCACCUCCAGCUUAGCCAGUGGGACUUCUGUGCUGCUGGAGCUGACAGUUGGUGGCCAGCGGCAGAGCAUUGAGCUCUCCCUUCUCUCCUACCACUCGUCCUUCUCUUUGCGCAAGAGCCGGCUCGUGCAUGGCUACAUCGCGGUGUACUCGGCCCGCCGCAAGGCCUCGCUGGAGACUUUAUGCGCCUUCUUGUGCGAGGUGCAGGACAUCAUCCCGGUGCAGCUGCUGGCGGUGGGGGAGAGCCAGGCAGAGCUGACGGACUGCGAGGCAGCACGGGAGCAGCUUGCGCAAGGGGAGGAGCUGGCGCACGAGAUCGAGGCCCGCUUCAACAGCAUAGUGUGCGGACCUGGCGGGGUGGUGGGUGGCCUGCACCGGAUAGACCUCUUCCAGCCCUUUCUGAAAGAGGUUGUGGAGAAGCGCACCAUCGUUGAGGCCACGCACAUGUAUGAUAACGUGGCAGAGGCCUGCAGCACCAACGAGAGUGUUCACUCUCCUCGCUGCGGCUCGCCCAGUCCCAUCACCACCCAGGUGGACUCGGAGGAAGAUGUGGAGCCCUCGCCCCCUUACCCUGCUGAUGGCACCCUCACCUCCCAUGGGGGUAGCUUCAAGCUGCCCGACCUGGAUACCAGUGACACAUUCUCUGUCAUUUCUGACAUCAGCACCUUCGAGAGCAAACUCAACAACAAGGUGCCGCCCCAAGUGCGGCCCAAACCGACGGUCACCUUUGACUUCCGUAAGGUCAACCUUAGCCCCUAUAUGGACUCAGGAGUAAACCGUCGUUCAUUACCUGCAGUCACCUGGGGCCCAGGUGGGGAUGGGGGCUAUGACCCCUCUGACUAUGCUGAGCCCAUGGACGCUGUGGCCAAGCCCCGCCUCAGCGAGGAGGAGAACAUCUACUCCGUGCCGCACGACAGCACACAGGGCAAGAUCAUCACCAUCCGCAACGCCAACAAGACGCACUCUAAUGGCGGGGGAAAUGGCUCGGACAGCGAGGCAGACAGCAGCUCCCUGGAGCGCCGGCGCAAACUAUCGGCCCUGGGGGUGAAGCCCCGGCUGUACCGCGAUCGCUCCAAGCGCUUGGGAAAGUUCAGCAGCUUCCGCACCAGCUUCUCCAUUGGCAGCGACGACGAGCUGGGGGGCCCCCCCAAGGCCAAGGAGGACGAGGGGGCAGCGCACAAGGGGGACAACUCGCUCACCGAGGAGGGUGAGGACCCCAAGAGGAGGAACAUCCUCAGGAGCCUACGUCGGACUGGCAAGAAAACAAGGCCGAAGCCGCGGCACUCCAUCUCCAAGCCUCUGGAGAGCAACUACUUCGGGGUCCCCUUGGUCAAUGUGGUGUCCCCCGAGAGGCCGAUUCCUCUCUUCAUUGAAAAGUGCAUCCGCUACAUUGAGGCUACAGGCUUGAGCACAGAAGGGAUCUACCGUGUGAGUGGGAACAAGGCGGAGAUGGAGAGCAUGCAGCGACAGUUUGACCAGGAUCACAACCUGGACCUGGUAGAGAAGGACUUCACUGUGAACACGGUGGCCGGCGCCAUGAAGAGUUUCUUCUCUGAGCUGCCAGAGCCGCUGGUACCCUACAGCAUGCAGAUCGAGCUGGUGGAGGCACACAAGAUCAACGACAGGGAGCAGAAGAUGCACACCAUGAAGGACGUACUGCGGAAGUUUCCCCGCGAGAACUACGAGGUCUUCAAAUACGUCAUCACCCACUUGAACAAGGUGAGCCAGAACAACCGGCUCAACCUGAUGACCUGCGAGAACCUGUCCAUCUGCUUCUGGCCCACGCUCAUGCGGCCGGACUUCACCACCAUGGAUGCGCUGACCGCCACCCGCACCUACCAGACAAUCAUCGAGACCUUCAUCCACCAGUGUGCUUUCUUCUUCUACAAUCAGCCCCUCGUGGACACGCCCAGCGGCCUGCCGGGUCUCCCCGCCUCGCCCACCACCCUCUCCGGGGGCUCGGCCUACUCCUCCUGCUACGCCCCGCCCGCCGCGUCCAUGCCCUUCGCCCCGCCGCAGCAGUCCCCGCCCCACUCCCCGCCCCCGACCCCGCAGUCCCCGCUGCAGCCCCUGCUGCCGCCCCUGCACCCCCACCACACCCCCGCCGAACAACAGACGCUGUGA